CAGGCAGUGCAGGUGACCGUCAUUAGCAACAACUUGUGCCAAGGGCUGCUCAACCCGCCGGUCGCCAACCUGAACAUCGUUGGCACAAUGCUCUGCGCAGGAGGCGACGGACUCAAGGACGCCUGCAUGGGCGACUCAGGCGGCGCUCUCUUCCUCCCCGCUGGCGAGGGCCGACCGCUGCCCGUGGCGAUUGGGAUCGUCUCUUGGGGCGUCGGCUGUGGGCUCCCCGACAUUCCAGGCGUCUACACAAGAGUCUCGGCGUACAAGGGCUGGCUGGAGGUGAUC